AUUCAUUUAUUCGUUCAAUAAUGUACUGGACGCAAAUGCAAUAGUGUAGGAGUAUAUAUCAAAGCACUUAGGAAUGUUUUAGUGAUUCCUUUAAUGAGUUCAACAUAUUGGUCCUUAUAAGUUUUGAUGGUUUCAGAGUGCAGACUAAAAUGUCAUCUUUGCAAGUUUAAGGAUUGAUUUGCCAUUUGAAAGUUUAGGGACUAACAUCUAAUAAACAGAUACGAUGGACUAAAAUGGUCAUUUAGAAUAAGUUUGGGGGCCAAUUUGGGAUUUAGCAUUCAGUAAUUUGUAUAAUUUGUGGUGAAAGUGAUAAUAAUUGGAAAUUAUAACAUGGAAUUGAUCGAGUUGGGUUGUUUGUAUUCACAUUUUCUUUGACAUUGAGCUGUUUCACUAGUCUGGCUCAUGAAUUCGAUAGGUGGCAAAGAAGAAAAAAAGAGUACAAGGAAUCAUUUCUUGAUAUUGAUGUUGGUAUUUGUUUCAUACUUGUUUUAGUUGGUGACGGAUGAUUUGUUUGUGGGUUUUGGUUGGCUAGAUAUCCUUCACGUGUUCUCAACCUUGUCUCGCAAUGUUAGUUUCGUCGAUCAUACUGGUGACCUUGGGUGGAAAGAUCAGUAUCGUGCAAGGCCACUAAUGGUCGAUCCAGGGUUGUACCUGGCACAGAAAAAAGAUCUUUUUUGGAUUACUCAGAAGAGGAGUAGGCCAACACAAUUCAAGCUUUUCACAGGUUCCGCGUGGAUGGUGCUGUCAAGAUCGUUUGUUGAUUACAUGAUAUGGGGAUGGGACACCCUACCUCGGACCCUCCUCAUGUACUACACGAAUUUCGUAUCUUCCCCUGAAGGAUACUUCCACACUCUCAUAUGCAAUGCCAAAGAGUUCAGGAACUCAACUGUUAACAGUGACCUACAUUUCAUUUCUUGGGACAAUCCUCCUAAGCAACACCCUCUCUACCUCAAUCCAGCUGAUUACGAAAAGAUAGUUGGCAGCAAUGCCCCUUUUGCCAGGAAGUUCCCCAGAAACGAUUCGGUUUUGUUGGACAAAAUCGAUAAGGAACUAUUGUCCAAAGUUGGUGCUGAAAGGGCUGUUCCUGGAGGGUGGUGCAUAGGAAGCAGGGAGAAUGGGACUGAUCCCUGUUCUGUAGUUGGUAAUACUACUACUCUUAGACCUGGCCCCGGUUCAGAAAGGCUUCAAACUUUAAUUAAUUCAUUGUUAUCACCAGAAAAUUUUAAGCCAAAACAAUGUGUAUAACAAGAAUCAACCAGUACUACAAUUCUAAUUGAGAUUUUUUUAUUUGUUGCC